CGACAUCAUACUCGACACAAUGAAGGUCACACAGGCUACAUCAUCUGGAGGAGGUCCUUCAGGAUCACGAGAAGCCCGUGUUGCAACUCAUUCACACAUCAAAGGAUUAGGAUUGGGUGAAGAUGGUUUACCACUUCCAGGAACCGCUCAAGGUUUUAUCGGUCAAAAAUCUGCUCGUGAAGCAUGCGGUUUAGUGCUGGAUUUGAUUAGAGCAAAGAAAUUCUCGGGAAGAGCGUUGUUGCUGGCAGGAGGACCGGGUACGGGAAAAACUGCAUUGGCAUUGGGAUUGGCACAUGAAUUAGGACAAAAGGUUCCUUUCUGUCCGAUGGUGGGAUCAGAAGUAUAUAGCUCUGAAGUGAAAAAGACGGAAGUCUUGAUGGAAAACUUCAGAAGAGCAAUCGGAUUACGUGUUCGUGAAACAAAAGAAGUGUACGAAGGAGAAAUCACAGAACUGACACCAACAGAAGCAGAAAACCCACUUUCAGGAUACGGCAAAACAAUCAGCCAUGUGGUUAUCGCUCUGAAAACGGUCAAAGGAACAAAACAAUUGCGACUGGAUCCAAGCAUUUACGAAAGCAUUAUGAAAGAACGUGUCAGUAUCGGAGACGUGAUCUAUAUCGAAGCAAAUACCGGUGCAGUGAAGCGUGUGGGUAGAUCGGAUGCAUACGCAACCGAAUUCGACCUGGAAGCAGAAGAAUACGUUCCCCUUCCCAAGGGAGAAGUCCAUAAGCGCAAAGAGGUUGUCCAAGAUGUCACUUUGCACGAUCUCGAUAUGGCAAAUGCCAAGCCACAAGGUGGUCAAGAUAUCAUGAGCGUUGUUGGACAAUUGGUAAAGGGCAGAAGGACAGAAGUAACUGAUAAACUACGCGGAGAGAUCAAUCGUGUCGUGGACAGAUACAUCGAACAAGGUAUCGCAGAAUUGGUACCUGGUGUGUUAUUCAUUGAUGAAGUGCAUAUGCUGGAUAUGGAAUGCUUCACCUACCUAAAUCGUGCACUUGAAUCAACAAUUAGCCCUCACGUCAUCUUGGCAACCAACCGAGGCAGCUGUGUUGUCAGAGGAACAGAAUAUGAUGGUGUCGCAGGUAGCGAUAGUCAGGGUAUCGUUGCACCUCAUGGAAUUCCUUUGGACCUUUUGGAUCGUUGCAUGAUCGUGAGAACAUUGCCAUACGAAGCACCAGAGAUUAAGGAAGUUCUCAAAUUACGCGCCAAAACAGAAGGUUUAUUAAUCGAUGAAGAUGCUUUGGACAAAUUGACGCAAGAUGGCUUGAGAAGCUCUUUGCGAUACUCACUACAGCUCUUAACACCUGCUGCCAUCCUGUCUCGCGUUCAAGGACGAACACAAAUUUCAUUGGCCGAUUUAGAAGAGUCUACUUCUCUUUUCAUCGAUGCAAGGGCAAGUGCACAAGUUUUGGCAUCCAAUGCUUCGGCCAAUGGAAGGAUGUUGUGAUCGUUCGAAUGCCUCAAAAUCUAAAAAAUGUAUUCAUAGUAUAUAAAAUUCAUGCAGAUGUUCUAG